AUUCAAAUCACUAGGUUCUCGACAAGUUCUUGACCAUGUUUCAAUGUGCAACCUCAUACAGGUUUCUUCAGCAGGCCAAAGGACUGGCAUCCACAGGUGAACAAGGAUUAUAUUUUUCCUCUUUCUCCCACUCCCGGCUCGCGCCCAUGAAUUGUCAACUCCGGACAGCAUGGACUCUCUAACUUAUUUCGAACUUGUGCUCAGGCUUCAGCGCUUCAUCACUAUUCAAGCGCAAGGUACGGGUGCUCAUAAUUCCAAUCGCACCAUGUCGAAUGUUCCGCCGUCCUUGAAGUCUGGCGCGCUCCCAAAUAGCACGUGGAACACGCGAGGAUGGACUGCCCAGGAGUUCCUCGCUCCUGAAAUUGUUCCCUUACCAAGCAUACUGGACUCUCUCGAUACCGGUUCUUCCAACCACAAGGAGUCUGUCACUAUCAUGCGGGAGUUGGAGGGUUUGACUGGCAUAGAUGCACGGGCGCUCCUUGCCUUCUGCUCGAGAAUGAGAGGCCCACGAGAGAAGUACAAUGGACAUUUAGUCAUGUCACCACGUUACGGAUACUAAUUUUUGAGCAUUUUGCUCCGCCAUGCACGUCACCAGCUCUAUCCGAACACAAUACCCCCCAGCUGCGGCAUACUGUGGAGUGCACUUUGAAACUGUAUACAUACCGGGCAAACAUCAGUGCUUUUCGUUUCGCAAACUCCAGA